AACGCACCUUCUACCAAACCCGGAUGUUUUGCUUCACGUCAGUUUGCUCGAGCUGUUUGGAGUCAGUGAAAGUAACGGACACUGUAUUUCUGCCUUCACAAUACAAUACGAUAGGUUAUCACUGAACCAAUCGUUAAUUUUAAAUAAGCUGUUGUUUUGAGUGUUAACAACAUUUUGAAAUGAGUGGCGUAAACCUCAUUUAGCUAGCCUGACGCUGUCGUGAGUGAAGUUGGAGACCAGAGCAGCCUCAAGGCGAACAUGAGCAGCUUUAAUUCUCGACAUUUCUGAUAAAAAACAACAACAGUGAGUUCAGUUUCGUCCUUCAGGAUGCUCCGAGAGUCGUAUCCGUUCGUGGAGGACAGUUUCAGCCGCUUCCCGUCGCAGAGCAACGUUUACGGGCUGUGUCAGGCCGGGGAGCAGGAGCUGCUGGCGGCCACUCUCAAAGGGAAGGUGGUGUGUUUCAGGUACCAGGAGCUGCAGCAGAAAAUCCGACCUGUGGCCAAAGAGGUUCAGUUCACCUACAUACCAGUUGAUGCAGAGAUCGUAUCAAUCGAUGCCUUCAACAAGUCUCCACCCAAAAGAGGUCUGGUGGUGGGCAUCACAUUCGUGAAGGACUCUGGUGACAAAGCCACACCGUUCCUGAAUAUCUACUGUGACUAUGAGCCCGGCUCAGAGUUCAACCUGGAGUCUAUUGCACAAAGCUGCCUGAACCUGGAGUUGCAGUUCACGCCCUUCCAGCUGUACCACACAGAAGUGCAGUGUGACGAUGGAGGCAGAGAGACAGUAUUCCUGCUCAGUGGUCAUGACCAGAGGAUCCACCUGUACAAGGAGAAUGCCUCCCUCCACCAGUUUGAGGAGCAGCCAGUGGAGAGACUCUUCCCUGAACUACAACAGCUGCCAAGCAAUGUGCUGUGGUUGGAUGUGUUGAGUAUAUCUGGUGGCCGGCGACUCUCAGCUUUUGGCUGUCAGAACGGCUGCGUUGGACUGUCUCUGGUCGACCAGACAGGACCAGAGGUUUUGCAGAGCUGGCGGUUCCAGUUUGACAGUCCAAUCUCUACAGUGCUGCUGUUCCCUCUGAGCUGCCCAGCUGAGCCCAACCAGCCCAGCGGAGGGAAAAGUGUGGAAACGGAAGGCUACAACCUUCUGGUAACCAGCACUAUAGAGAUGGCAGUUGUCUACAGAGAUGUCCAGGAGCGAGGCUUGUCCCACCCGGUGUGCCUCUCAGAGAGUGACCAAUGGGACGCAGUGCUUUGUGCUCUGGUGAUUGACCUGGAUUUUGACGGGCAGAAGGAGGUGCUGUUGGGAACAUACGGGCAGGAACUUCUCUGUUACAAGUUCCAGCCGGCAGGUAGCGGACGAGACGGACAGUUUCAGCUGCAGUGGAGGCGGAGCUUCAAGAGCCCUUUGCUGUCCAUCAUCUACCUAGACUUGACUGGGGACGGUUUGAGAGAGCUGGCUGUCCUCACACUAAAGGGACUGCAUAUCUUACAGCACACUCUUACCAGCACUGCUGAUUUGGUCCUUGAGCGGCUCGCCCAGAGGGUGUCAGCGCUGACAGCCGGCUCUGAGAUGGAGUCAGCCGAGGUUCAAGACAGAGAAGAUAAGGAUGCUCCAGCUCAAAAAGAGGAUGUGGAAGUCCCGAUGGUUCAGACUGAAGUGAUGGUCUAAUGUGAAGGAUGUCCUCAGGGGUGUGUGUUCCUGAACAAUUACAUUUAGGCUACAUUCACACUGCAAGUGCUCAAUCUGAUUUAUUGCACAUAUCUGACUUUUUUUGUUUGGCUGUUCACAUUAUUUUUAAAAUGUGGCCCGUAUCAGAUUCCAGAUUCUAAUAUUGGAAAUGGAAGCCACAGAAUAUGUGUACUGUUUCAUUUAUAGGUUGAUGUGCAGUGGAAGCCAGCCAGUGAGCAGAUGAUAACAAGGACGGAGACAAGGAGAAAGAGAGACACAUUUUGAAUUAAGGCUGUUUGUGAAGCUAACGCUGCCUCUUUCGUAUGGAGGUGUGUGUGAUGCUGAGUCAGAGCAAACACAGACCAGUUACCAAGUUUUACUUGUACAUAACUGUCACCCCAAAUACUUAUCACUGUCCCUCCACUGACAGUCUCCAUUGCAGCUGAGUGACUCCUGCCAGCACAGAACUGUGACAAAUGUAGAUCCAGAGUGAUGUAAAAGUCACAUGAAUUCUGAAAUGUGACUGAGGCCGCAUUGCAAAAACAAAUCAGACCUGUAUCUGAUUUAGGGCCACAUAUGAAAUAAAAACUAAAAAGAUCAGAUUCAAUGUUAUUUGUGCUCUUUACACUGUCAUUAAAUGUGGGUCACAAAUGAGCACACAAAGAUCUGAUUUGGGUCACUUUUGUCUGCAGUGUGAACAUAGCUAGAGAAUCAAACAUCACAUUUGCCACCUGAAACAGUAACACACUGCCAUGUGGUUGAACACUGACUGUAGGUCAGUGGUUCCCUACCAAGGGAUUGGGACCCCCACUAAGGGUCGCCAAAGCUUCAUGGGGGGAUGCUAGGCCUUCUUGAUUUUCAGGGGUUUUAAGGACUAUGUUAACCUUAAUAUUUCAUACUUUUUUCUUGAGCAAACUAAAUGAAAUUGUUAUUUUUAAAGUAUAGAUUAUUAUUUAUUAGUAAACUUUGAAGACCUGAGCACAAGAUAUAUUCAGACAGCCUUCAGUCUCUCAUAAACAGCCUCAUCCUGCAUUAGAAAAGUUAAAACAACUAAAGAGCAUAGAACAAUGGACAGGAGUCAAGAAAACUCUGAAUUUGUCCAAGAAGUAGCCCAUUAAGUAUGUAUGACUGUUAAAUAUAUA